AUGUUUUUGUUUUUGCAGUUAUAUGAAUUUGUGAUUGCGACUGUGGGAGAUUUUGGCGAAGGACCUGGUUCAAUACCAAAAGAGGCACAGACGGCAGAGGCAGCUCCUGGAAGCCCACCGACAAAAGUUCAAGCACGAAGUCUCAGCCGUGACUCGGUGCUUGUAAAAUGGAGCCCUAGCGAGAGACCCAAUGGAAUGAUUACUGGAUAUCGCAUCUUCUACACUAACAACGACCGAUCAACGCCUAUUGACGAAUGGGAAUUGGUAAACUGCUUUUUGUCAUUACGCUUAAUGCGAAGCUAUAUCUCCUGCCACUAAGU